AUGACGACGCGGUUCAAGAAGAACAGGAAGAAGAGGGGUCACGUGAGUGCAGGUCAUGGGCGCAUCGGAAAGCACCGGAAGCACCCGGGAGGGCGCGGUAACGCCGGAGGCAUGCACCAUCACCGCAUCCUCUUCGACAAAUACCAUCCAGGAUACUUUGGGAAGGUGGGAAUGCGGUACUUCCACAAACUCCGCAACAAGUUCCACUGCCCCAUCCUCAACGUGGACAAGCUGUGGUCCCUCGUCCCCCAGGAAGCCAAGGACAAGGCCUCCAAGGACAACAAGGCGCUUCUCAUCGAUGUCACGCAGUUCGGUUACUUCAAGCUUUUGGGGAAGGGCGUUGUGCCGCAGAACCAACCUCUCGUAGUCAAAGCCAAGCUCGUCUCCAAGAUCGCCGAGAAGAAGAUCAAGGAGGCCGGAGGCGCCAUUGUUCUUACCGCUUGA